CGGCCGCUCCGCCUCCCCUCAUGGCGGCGGGGAUGGCGGCGGCGGCGGCGGCGAAGGAGGGGGAGGAGGACGAGGCGGAGCUGAGCCUGCUGGAGUGCCGGGUGUGCUUCGAGCGGUACGGCCCCGGCGGGCAGCGGCGGCCGCGGAACCUGCCCUGCGGCCACGUCCUCUGCCGGGGCUGCCUGGGGGCCCUGGGCGGCCCCGAGGGCCGGCGGCUGGAGUGUCCCUUCUGCCGGCGGGCCUGCGGCCCGGCCGAGACCAGCGACUGCCUGCCGCUGCUGCAGCUGCUGGAGGUGCUGGGCCCCGCCGGCGGCAGCCUUCCCUCGGCCUUGGGGAGGGGCGGAGGGGCGGCCGGGCCGGCCCCCGCCGGCCUGGGGCUCCGGCUGUCCCUGGGGGGUUGGGGGUCGCUGGUCAACCCCACCGGGGUGGCGGCCUGCCGCAGGUCGGGGCGGCUGGUGGUGGCACAUGACGGCAAGAAGAGGAUCCACGUCUUUGGGCCCAGCGGAUCCUGCCUGCAGCGGUUUGGGGAGCGGGGGGACGCAGGCAACGAUAUCAAGUACCCGCUUGACGUGACGGUCACCUCAGAUGGGCACGUGGUGGUCACCGAUGGCGGGGACCGCUCCGUGAAGGCCUUUGAUUUUGAGGGGAGGGGGGUCCUGGCCGUCCAGGAAGGUUUCUGUUUGCCAUGGGGCUUGGAUGCCACCCCCGAGAGUGAAGUCAUCCUGACCGACUCGGAGGCAGGGGCUCUCUACCGCUUGGCAGCCGACUUCCAGAAGGGGAAAUUAAAGAAGUGUCAGAUGAUCCGGUCGCAGCUCGUCAGCCCGAGGGGGGUUGCAGUCUCCCAGACCUCGGGUGCCAUCGUGGUAAUCGAGCACCUGAAAGCUCAAGGACCGAGCAACAGCAGCACCCGAGUGAAGAUAUUCAGUGCAGAGAUGGAUCUCGUCGGCCAGAUGGAUAGCUUUGGGCUCAACCUCAUUUUCCCCUCCAAAAUAUAUACUAUGGCUGUGGCCUUUGACAAAGAGGGUCGCGUUGUAGUCACGGAUGUCUGUAGCCAGGCUGUAAUAUGCUUAGGGAAACCUGAGGAGUUUCCCAUCUUUAACCCUCUAAUUAGCCAUGGGCUUUCUUAUCCCGUAGGACUGGCUUACAUGGCAAACAAUUCUCUUGCUGUCUUAGACAGUGGCGAUCAUUCAGUAAAAAUAUAUAGCUCCACCUGAAUGCGUUCAGAUACUUACUGCUAGGUUCACACUGCUUUUUUUUGCCAUAAAGCAGGCAAAGCUCUGGUGUUUGCAGGCAUGUAGGGAGGAGGCAUUUUCUGGGUUGUACUUUUAAGUGAAUUGCCCUCUUUGACGAAUAUGCUGUGCUUUUUGCAAAGCUUACCUCAAAUCUCUCACCUGUCUGCAGGAAAAGUCCUGGCUGUUACGGGCUCUAGUCAACAAUUGACCAACCAAACAAAUAAUUUGGCAUUUUAAAACAAUUUCAUUCCUUGAUAACCUAAUGGUUUUGGUACUUUCUGACAAAUAAUGACAUUUGGAAUGGAGUAAUCGAAGACCAGCACCUGGGAGAGAAAGUGAUGCAUCAUUUGUUUACCCUUCCCAGCGCAUAGCUUUCAUUGUUCUUCGUUAAGCAUAGCUGCGCUCAUCAGAAUGACAGAGUGAUUUGUUUCCAGGAUUUCU